GCAUCCUUUCUGCUGCAAAACCCGUGACUGCUGCUGCUGCUGCCUGCGCUCUCUCUCUCUCUGUAUCACUGUGCUUAUUGAGUCAUUGUGUGAGCUGCUGUGGUCCAUGUGUAGAGCUGGUGCUGCCACGGAGCAAAGGAUGUUACCAAAGAGGAGACCACUGUCCUAGUAUGACCUCAGAGAGGCUCGACCGGCGGACGGACUGACAUGAAGAUGAAUUGACAGGAAGCUAUAAAUGGAUGGAGACAUUUGCUGAAGCUUUGUGGCCGAAGGAAACUUGGCAGACAGAACAAUGAAGAGGAGACCGAAAGACAAGGAGACGGCAGAGAAUUCCACCUGACACGUUUGCUGAAAAGCGAUGAAGGGAUAACGUUUCUUCAAACUGGCGACGCAAGCAACGGUUUCCUGGGAUGACGCGCAGAAAUGGCACCAGCAUCACAACAAAUAUGGAGUGUAAUGCGCUGACAGCUUGUAGUCAAUGAGGGUGGAACAGAAGGCACAUAUGAGAAUGGGCAGAUAGUCACUAAUCCGGACUGUGUGCCAGCUGGUGACCGCUAAGCAUGCUGGGACAGCGGAAGUGGACACUGACCGACUGACUGACUGCUCAACGGACAGUUCCGGUAACUAGUAAGAUGCCAGCGACAAACCGGUCGUCUCAAAGCAUGCUGGGACGUUUUCGUUGGCCAAAGAUGUGGCAGCUAAAUGUGCUGGGACACUGGAGCACAUACAGCUGUCUGUCAGAGCAGUGAGGAUGAACAGGCGAGGCCCCACCAGAGGUCAGAGGUUUGUCAAGGCAGACUACUACGAGCUGGACUGGUACUAUGAGGAGUGCACUGAUGUGUUGUGUGCUGACAGAGUGGGCCAGAUGACGAAGACCUACAGUGACAUCGAUGCCGUCACUCGACUGUUGGAGGAGAAAGAGCGCGACUUGGAGUUAGCGGCUCGCAUCGGACAGUCACUGCUGAAGAAAAACAAAGCUCUCAGUGAGAGGAACGAGCUGCUGGAGGAGCAAGUAGAGCACAUACGAGAGGAGGUGUCUCAGCUGCGUCACGACUUGUCCAUGAAAGAUGAGCUGUUGCAGUUCUAUAGCAGCGCUGCUGAGGAAAGUGAGGGGGAGUCGACCACCUCCACGCCUGUGCGUCCCAGUGAAAACCAUGUGUCGACUCCAAUUUCUUUCCCCCUGGACUCCCUGCAGAAGAAACUUAAAGAUCUGGAGGAAGAAAACAAAUCCUUGCGAUCUGAGGCCAGCCAUUUGGAGACCGAAACGAUCUCGUAUGAGGAGAAGGAGCUGCAACUCGUCAAUGACUGUGUUAAAGAACUACGUGAUGCCAACGUGCAGAUGUCCUCUCUGGCUGAAGAGCUCGCCAGAAAGACCGAGGACGCCUCCAGACAGCAGGAGGAGAUCACACACCUCCUCUCCCAGAUAGUAGACCUGCAGAAGAAGGCCAAGAUGUACGCUGUGGAGAACGAGGAGCUGACUCAGCACUUGGGUGCAGCCAAAGACGCCCAGCGACAACUCACUGCUGAAUUGCAAGAGUUACAAGAUAAGUAUGCAGAGUGCAUGGAGAUGCUUCAUGAGGCUCAGGAGGAGCUGAAGAACCUGAGAAAUAAAACUCUACCACUCAGCACACCUAGGCGUUUCCAUUCUCUGGGUCUGUUCCCAAUGGACUCUCUGGCUGCAGAAAUAGAGGGCACCAUGAGGAAGGAACUUCAGAUGGAUGAUCCAGACGUAGAAGAGCAGAGGCUGCAGCCCAAGCGAGUGUUUCAGACCGUAAAAAACCUGAACCUGAUGCGCCAGCAGCGCUCAUCGCUGGCGCCCUCCCCCCUCAACAUCCCGGGCUCCAAUCAGACCUCGUGCCUCACCUCAGGGCUCUGCAGCAGGGUGGGCACGCCGCGCUCCAACUCCCUGUAUGGUAGUGACCCAGGAAGUGGGAUCAUCCUGGACAACAGGACCAGCAGUGUCCUGGAGGGUCGGGACGAUGGGUCAGAGGACUCUAACAAGCGGCCCCCUGGCACCCCGGGGACCCCCGGCAGCAGGGACCUGGAGGCAGCCCUGCGGCGGCUGUCCCUCCGCCGCGACAACUACCUCUCGGAGAAACGCUUCUUCGAGGAUGAGCGGGAGAGGAAGCGGUCUUAUUUGGCCAAAGAGGAAGAAAAGGGAGGGGAGGGGAGUAGUGGGGGCCCAGGGACACCGACGGAGAGCCUGCUGUCGCUGUGUUCGCAUCCCUCCUUCGGAAGCGUCUGGUCGGGGUACUCCAUGUCGGCCAGAUCCUACCUGCCGGAUAAGCUGCAAAUUGUAAAGCCGCUAGAAGGCUCUGCCACUCUCCAUGCGUGGCAGCUGUUGGCUCAGCCCCACAUGGGAGCUCUGCUGGAUCACCGGCCCGGGGUGGUCACAAAGGGCUUCCGCACGUUAGACCUCGAGCAGGAGCAAGAGGAUGAUUGGCACCUGGACCAACCGGAGGAGGACGAAGUCUCCUGCGACUCGUUCACCGGCUUGUCAGGAGAAAGCUCGGCUCCCGUGCAUCUGCCUCGCUCUACCUCUUCUCCUGUGUGCUGCAACAAGAUCAGAGACAUUGAUGACAAUAGCCGGCUAGAAACAAUGCAAGGGAACAUGUGCACAGGCAGAGAAGUGAUUCUUCCAAAGGAUGGACAUGUUGAAAAGCUGCCGCUUUCCUUCUCUUGCCUCUCUACUUCUUCUUCUCCUCCUCCUCCUCCUCCUCCUCCUCUCCCCUCUUCUUCCGAGAUGAACGGGCACGUGGACCUCAAGGAGCUCCAGGACCGUAUGCCUGCCCAUUUCCCCGGCAAGAGUAUGUCUCACACCAGCUCUACAUACACCUUCACCACCUGCAGGAUUCUCCACCCUUCUGAUCAGCUGACCUCUGUGUCCCCAAGCUCCGCUCUGGCCUCUUGUCAGAGCAGCGCUUGCUUCGGCCCCCCUACGCCCACCUGCUCCCCUUUUCCCUUCUCUGCCUCGCCGUCCUACACCCCCUGCUGCACCCCCCGCCGCCUCUCCCUCUCCCUCUCCCUGGCCGAGUCCUCCACCAACCUUAGGGACUCCACCAGGACCACCAGCACGUCAUUAGGCCUGGUGCGCCUCCUGCUGGAGAACGGGAUUUCUGCCUCGGUGUAUGACCCCCGCAGCUGGGACCGAGGGCUGGGUGGGAGCGGCGCCUCGACACCGGCGGGAGGCGCGCACGUUCGGAGGAGCGUCGGCGUAGCGGAGGAGGCCGAACACAGACGAGUGGCGAGGCGCCCGGACACCCUCCUCCUCCUCCGGCCCGCCACGCCCCCCAACCCCAACUCCUCCUCCUCCUCCACCACCAACCACCUGCUUUUUCAGUUCAGCCCUUCCGCUGACGACCCGCCGUUUUACGACACCUUCCUCGCCUCCAAGCCGGCCCGGACGAUUCUGAGGGAAGUGCUCGGGGAGGCGGAGAGGGAGCAGCCGGAUGAAGACGGCCAAGCGGAGAAGCUCAACCUGCGACUUGUGGACAAGCUGAAACGCUUCCGCCCCCUCCCCUCUCGUGCCGGUCCCGGGUCAUGCGGGACUACUCUCAUAGCCCCGUUUGGCACUUCCGGACUGGGGAGCAGUGCACUGGGCGGGGGGCUUCCGGGUUUGAAUGCGGGGCUCAGGAGGAACCGAAGCUACCCUGCCAUGGUCGGGGCCAGUAUGGCAAUGAAAGACCCGGGGGGCCCCCCGAGCACAGAGAUGGUCGUACCACACGCACAACAAACAGUGCGCACACGGGAUGUGGACAAAACGGCAACGAGUCGCACGCCGGCCACAACACGCACAUCACAGACGGGACAUGAGCUGGAAUCGGACGCAGCCCAUUCGGUAGAACAGAGACACCCGGGGCCCAAAGACGGGCUGUGGUGUUUAACUAGCAAUGACCAACGCAGUGAUGAUGAAAUGGGGACAUAAUAAUAAAACCAACCAAAACUAAAUGCUUUACAGCACCAUACGUGUAGGGCAUUGCACAUGUGCCCACAUGACAAAGACCCUAAUGACUAUAUAGCUAGCUUUCAGUUAACCACAGAACCGGACCGGACUCAUAAUGCAUCGCUCAUAACCAGUCCAGAACCCACGUGGUGGCUGACGAUGCUGCACUGGUUUAUGCUCCUGUGCAGUCAGACCAAACGAAUGAUGGACUAUGUUGCCUUCUCCCGUGCCCAUUGUUAUUGUAUAUUUCAUAUGCAAUGUACUGUGUCAUGCAUUUUGCAGUUUAAUAUUAACGGCCCAAUCUGGUGGAAGCACUGCAGAGCUUUCCCAGGACAACGCCUCAUUUUCCUUCUCAACCUGAAACAUGCACUUUAAAAAAAAAAAAAAAAACGUACUGUGCUGGAACAAAUGAUAUAAGGUGACAUUUUUUAACCCUAACACAAAAAUAUUUUUUCCCAAAAUAGGCCAUUAUAAACAACAAUAGAGUUAUAGCCAAGACGUCUGCUAGUCUUGGCAAGGGCCAGAGCCUUCAUGUAAGGGUCAUUGUUUUUUUAUACUGUACUGUAUUUUAAUUUAACUACGGUCAACUUUCUGCCUUUCAGAAGUGCAAAAUUGUCACCUUAUAUUUGGGCCACUGUGGUAUUUUUAAGUAUUCCUAGUUGCACUGGAGUCAAAUGGAAUUUCUGGUCACAUUCAGUGGCAAUGGCCCCAGGGAUUAUGUUCUAUUUCAUGUAUGUAAUAUGUAUUUUCUGAAGGAAUCCAGAUUGGGACUUUAAUGUGCGAUCUCACUGUGACUCCCUGUUCCUAUGUGCCUACUACCAGCCAACAUACUGUAUCUCAUUGGAGUAUGGGUUUGCAUUUGUAUUGUUUGAUUACUCUUUCAUUUUAAUGCAGUAGAGAGAGUACACGAGAAUAACUGUAGAUUAAUAUAUUUGCAUUUGAACCUGCUGAGGUGUCCCCACACACUCAUUUGUGUCUAUUUUAGACUCUUUGUUUUUGUCUCCUUGCGAGUUUGUGUGAAGCAUUCCCUCCAUUUACUUAUCCACAGGGACAUGUAGCUUCUGAAGGGUGAUGGAGGACAGGUCCAGCUACACACUCACAAGUUAAAACACUGACCACAAGAGCCCGACCUGCAGAAAAACCCAAACUUGUCUUGACAGAUUGGCCUUUUCUCCGUAUUGCCUGUGUGAACCCGGAUCAAAUGCAUUGAUAAAAUAAAUCCCUUGCACCCAGAUGCUGAUCAUGCAAGUGUUUGUAGUCUGGUGACAGCCAGCUGACAGACAGUGAAUGGACGGAUAAAUGACUCAUCUGAUUUGAGGGGUGAAACAAGUUCAUUAUGAAAUGUCCAUCCCACAUGUUUGAGUGAAGACCCUUUGCAGAUGUGUAUGUCACACUGACAUUUCGGAUCAUAUUUCAUCACACAGGUGGUUUAAUGAUAAAUAUUUCUCCAGCGCUAAUGGCCACACAGAAACAUUUCCAAAGGGUAGCACACGCUAACACAAACACGAAAAAUGCAUUCAUGCUGCCCGUAACAGUUGAACAUUGGGAUAAGAAACUAUUUUACAGUGCUUGAAAUUAUACCAAGUGCUAAGACUGAAAUGAGGAGGAGUUUGAGUUUGUCAUCUGAAUGUAAGUUAUUACAAACAGUCGUCCUGCUGUAGGCCAUAUUUUGUGUGUACAGUAUGUCGUUUUAUUUUCAGUUUGUGAAGUCUGAGGGGAACUGCUCUUGUAAAUGUGUGCAACACAUAUAGUCAUGCUAACGUUUUUAAGAUAUACUGUAACAGUAGGACACAAAUACAGGGAAUUGCGUUGUUUAUUUUUCAUUAAAGCGGGAAGUAAACUUUUCUGUUCAGGGACUGAAGUGUUCUAUUCUACAGAACAGAUUGCACCGUCAAUAAAUAUAAAUACAUUAAGAAUG